AUGGAGAAUAUCAGUCAUAUCACUGAUUGUAUCGAAGACAGUGAAGCAAGCCAAGUAAGUUCAGACGGUGAAAUAACUGAAGAUUGUCAUGGAAAUGACUCAAAUGAGUUGCAAGCUUGCGAAGAGGGUGAUCAACAACAGGUGUUACGGUUGGAAAGCACAGAUAGACGCAUAGAAAAUGUUACGAACCCGUCUAAAAAACUGUUUCGGAGUAAAAGCAAACGUGAAAGAUGUCACAUAUGUCGAAAAGAGAUGCUACUUCAAAAUUUAAAAGACCACAUGAAAAAUGCCCAUAACUCUACAGAAGUAAGAGUACUUGGACAGAAGUCGCUUAUAGAACUAUUUGGGAAUAAAGUCAAAGAUAACAAUGUCAAACGGAAACGUGGCCAUGGUGAUGUAGACGAAGAGCCUCUGUUCAAAACUGCUAAAACGGCCGACUUGUCAAUGUCAAUAUCAUCUGGUUCAACACCGCCUGGUUUUGAAAAUACAGCCGACGAAAGUACCGCGAAAGUAACGCUCAGCGCCUCCGGAGAGGACAAUUUCGCAGAAAGCAAAUCCUCAGUUGCAUCUAAGCUUGACGAAAUACUGACAACUGUAAAGAACUUAGAAAAUCGCAUGUCCUGCUUGUCCAUCACACCCUCACCGGAAACGGUGGCUGUGGAGUCUGAGCUUCCUACAGUUACAGAAAGAAAGUCAGCAAGGUGAGCUUUUUCCCUAAAUCAAAUAAGCAGUGACAUAGCUAUAGGAACCGGGGCAUAGGACUAUAGGAGGUACAUCCACUCCCCAACGUUUCUAAUUCAAAAUUCCGCGCUAAAAUUUAAACAAUGUCAAUGGGGAACUCUCUAACUUGAAGUUGUUUCCUGUCCCCAUGCAUUAAUUGUAUACGUACGGACUUAUAUCAGUUAUGUGAAUUAUUUUACAGUAGCUAUAUACUUUCCAAUGUUUUCUCAAGUUUUAACUUUAUUUUUACUUUUAGAUCGCUUUUUGAUUUAAUUCAGCUUCCAGAGUUUGAGUAUGACGAUAUCGAAGGAGUUGUUAUAUGUUCCAUAUGUAAUCCACCCAAUGAACCAAAAGAAGUAAAUUUUCUCGGAAGAACCGGCGUAUUUAUGUAUAGUAACGAUUCGCAAAAAACAUUUGAGAGCGAUGAAAAAAUGUCAAGACAGUUUCGGAAUUUGAAAACUCACUUGUUUGACCACCUUCAAACUCCAACCCCCCUCGAGAAACAAAAAGAGAUUACAGAUGUUGAGACUGGAAAGCAAGAGUUUGAAUCAAGAAACAGGAAGGUUGGCAUGAGAUGUGCCCGUACAAGCUAUUUACUUUAUAAGACUGCUAGGCCGUAUAGUGAGUACGAACAGCUUGUUACUUUAGAAAGUCACAAUGGCUGUGAUAUGGGUAACAUCAACCAUUCACGUAAGUUCCCUGCUCCAAUUUUGCCAUUCAUCGCAGAUGAGACGAAGGCACGUGUUAAAAAAUUCUUAUGUACACCUCUUGUACAGACUGGUUUUCUUCCUCCUGUUAAAGUUAUUGCUGACAAGGAUACAAAGAAGCAUCGUACAAGACAG